AUGGACUCAGCCGCCGCCGGGGCAUCGAGCAAGGUGUCCAGCGUGUCGGCUUCUUCCUCAUCGAUGCUGAAGCACAAACUUGUUCUUCUUGGUGACCAAUCUGUUGGCAAGACGAGCAUCCUCACCCGGUUCAUGUACGACACCUUUGACCAGCAGUACCAGCCAACCAUCGGGAUCGACUUCUUCUCCAAGACGAUCCACCUCGAGGACGAUCGUGAUGUUCGGCUUCAUUUGUGGGACACGGCAGGGCAGGAGCGCUUCCACUCGCUGAUCCCCAGCUACAUUCGCAAUAGCUCAGCGACUGUGGUUGUUUAUGACAUCACCUCCCGCUCGACCUUCUUUAACGCCUUCAAGUG